CACGUCUAAGCCGCCCCCACCAAGCCCACCAAGGCCACUGGAGAGCAGGCUUGACCUUUUGUUGCCUGCCCCGCCAUCAAUGUGGUUCAUUUCAUCCCUGGCCCCCUUCCAAAAGUUGUAAGUGGCCAAAUUCUAUUCAAAUCUUUUCUAAGUACACAUAUCAAAAGCCCAAAGCCCCUUUCACUUGAAAAUGCCCACCGAGCUUGAAGAGCUUGUCGGCUUCAUCGCCAGCCCGAACCCACAGAUUAGGGCAGUUGCCGUGGAGAACCUCGUUGGUUACUCAACAGCACAACCGUCCAUUUUCAAGAUCAACCAAUUGGUCCCAGUCAAGAACCUCAAAGUUCUGAUACAGGACCGUCCACAAAUCGCCCAGCAUGCACUGACGAUAUUAGUAAAUAUCGCCGCGGACACCGAGGUCCUCGACUUCCUGGCCACAGAUAAAAAAUUCCUCGAUGUUGUGUUCUCGCGAAUAACGAACCCUGCAGAGCCUAAUGCAAAUCUUCUGGCAAUGCUGCUAGCGAAUUUGGCCAAGUGGGAUGGACUGAAAAAUAUCAUCAACCGGAAGCAGAAGGCGCCCGAAGGGCUGGCAUCAGACGACCUGGUCAUUAAUCAGCUGGUCGACCUCUUCGUGAAGGGCGCCGAUGGAUCCUAUAACAAGGAUGCCGAUUAUGACUACCUUGCGUAUCUGUUUGCUGACCUUGCUAAGCACCCAGAAGUCAGACAGUAUUUCGUCAAGCGGCAAGAGUACGAUUCUGUGAUUCCUUUGACGAAACUCAAGGUUUUCACCGAGCACAAGUCCGACAUCAGGCGCAAAGGAGUGGCGAGUACCAUCAAGAAUGUUGCUUUUGAUGUCCCCUCUCACCCUCUGUUCUUCUCCGAGGAUGAGAUUCAUGUUUUCCCGUACAUUCUGCUGCCGAUAAUGGGCAGUGAGGAAUACGACGAGGAUGAUAUGAUGGCAAUGCUACCGGAGCUGUCAUUGCUGCCACCAGACAAGGAGCGUGAACGCGACCCCAGCAUCAUCCAGACACAUGUGGAGACCUUGAUGCUAUUCACUACGACUCGAGAAGGGCGAGACAAGAUGAGAGAGAUCAAGGUCUACCCCAUCGUCCGAGAGACACACCUGCGUGUCAAAGAGGACGGCGUGAAGCUGGCUUGCGAGCGGUUAGUCCAGGUGCUAAUGCUAGAUAAUGAAGUCGAGGAGGAGACACCACGUGUUGUGGAGUUGGAUGAUGACGACGACGACGACGAUGGGAAGGUGGUAGAGGUAUAAUCGCGAACUUCAGUCAAGAGAGCUCUUGCAAGCUCCGGAUACCGCGGCUACCUUGGGACUCCGCGCCCAAUCCAUCUCGGUCAACUGAAUGAGGUGUAAGGGGCACGCGGCCAUGAAUUCAUCGCGACGCAUUAACGCCAGUUCCGCGUGAAUCGGCGGCACUCUGCGCUGGCUUCAGCCCCGGCUGAUCUGCGCGGCUCUGCGUGUAUUUGUCUACUGGAUUGGGGACCGAACCCAGAGCGCGAAAUAUGCGGUCUGCCGCUUGAUUGGUGGUAGCUUGUGGCUACCUCGUGGAAAUAGCACCCUCAAUUCAGCCUGUCACGAGAGGGUCGGGCGGCCCGGUAGCUGGUCUUCCAAAUAUCAUGGGAGACCUGGUCGUACUGGCUGACUGGCAGACCAUGACAGGUGGCAUGACAGAGAAAGGUACCGCGCUAUAGAG